ACAACAACAAACAACAACAACGACACCAACGACAGUGAUAGUCUGCCCCAAGUGCUUCUUGACACGCCUACUUGCAUCACGCACCCCUCUUCCACUGUCCCGGCGGUAAGGGCACGGCCACCCCCUCUCCGCUUCCUCUAGCCCAACCCCCUCCCUCCUACAUCUCCCUUCCCCCACCCUCCCCUGGUCCUCCACAAUAGUCAGCACCCUCGACGCCGAUCUCGCACGACGACACUCCUGACAGCUCCGAACUUGGCCCAAGCCAUAAUACCAACCACCCGCCUGCUAUACGCCGCAGCCCUUGGACUGGCCGCCGCCCUCGCUUGCCGUCGCGCACGCCGUUCCCAAACGGUAAACCUUGGUCCGACGAUAGUGUCAGGUCUUGUCGCCUGGUGUAUUUUCUCCGCGCCAUCUUGCCCCAUCUCUCCACUCUCUUGAUAGCGCGCGCGCCCUAUCCAUCAACCCCCUCCCCCUUCAUAUCUCGAUUUUUUUUCAGGCUCCGUGCCACUCUAAGUCCCAACAACACCGCUCACCGCCCCUCUUUGCUGCGUGCGUGCGUGCUCACAAGUGUAUAGCACACGACACACGUUGCAAAGCACGCAGGCCGCACAUAAAGCUGUACUUUGUACGACGACAUUGAUAGACUUGUCAUCUGGAAUUCCACACAUUACAAUCUGUCCGGCCGGUAGCACGCACACCACACAUCGACUUGGCCGCACCAUUGGAUCCACACCGCCAUCUACAUACCCACCACAGUCAUCCCACCUCGCACGCCACACAGCAGAGCAGCCUCGGGGAAAGAGUCGCGACGGAAACACGAGUAUCCCACUCAAGACCAAUCGGGUUGUGCCUCCGUCACGAAUCCUGGCCUCACUGUCCCCCUCCUCCCACCUCACCCCACUCUUUCUCGACUCGCCUGUUCCCACCAGCAGCAGACAUGCAGCACCUAGGCGGAUUCCAGCAACCCUCGGGCCUCCCGUUGACGUCACCUCCGCUCGUCUCCUCGUCAGCGACUGUCCCCUCGGCUGCGGCCAAGCUGCAGCAGGGGACUUGGGGGCCAACGCCACAGCCCCACCCCCUUUCAACCUCGUACUCUAAACCAUUGGCUCUCGGUCCAUCUUUUGGUGGUCUCACAGCCGAACACCACCCUUACCAACACCAGCACCAGAACUCGUCAAACCAGCUAGGUCCACCCGCCACCAUGAGCUUUCAGACCCCCCGCGGAUUCCCACAGGCCAACGAGCACAUGUACUACAGUGGACACACCCAGAGCAUCACUCCUCGCUUUGCGGGGUAUGAUGCGGGUGUGAGCGCCUAUUCCCAACCACUGCUACCCGCUCAAGGCAAUCUUGCGCCCCAGCAACAGGAGGACGAUCGCUGGUAUUCUCAACCACCAGACCCGACUCGAUCGCCCACCAAGAGGGGAAAAGGCCAGAAGAAGGCGGAUGGCAAACAGGCCACCUUCCUAACAAAGCUUUACAACAUUCUCGAGCAACCAGAGUACAACCAUAUAAUUAGAUGGGAUCAGACUGGGGAGACCAUCAUCAUCGAGCGUCCAGAGGAACUCGCGGACAAGAUCCUCCCCAUUGUUUAUCGCCAGAGCCGAUUUGCUAGCUUUUCAAGACAGCUGAACAUCUAUGGCUGGAUGCGCAAAGUUAGCCUACGCAACGUCGAGAACGGGAUCGUCGACCCAGACGCCAGCAUGUGGUCGCACAAGAGUCUGCGGCGAGACUCGCCCAAGGAUUUGAUCCUGACCUUCAAGCGCCGUGUUCCUCCGCGCCCAACCCAGGCCCAGAAGAAUGCCAGGCUCCAGAACGAAAUCCAGUUGCUAAGUUCCGACUCUGACGGCUUCAACUCCCCCGCCGCCGACGCGUACUCUAAUUACCGCCUCAACGAUCUCGACGGCAGACCCUUGUCGAAUGUCACGCUGGACAACCCUCACCUCGUCCCUGCUGGUGCUGGUUCGAUUGGCAUGCACCACCAGACUGGCGUUCCUAGGGGUGAGACGAGCCCAAAGGUGGUUCCCCGUCCGUUUGCGGUACCGAGCACUGCCCCUGCUACCGCCAUUCCCAUCCACCGAGGCCACUCACUGCACUUCAUGGUCCCAGCCGCCAGAGCCACCGUGCACUCUGCGCCAGCGACGUCGACGAGCUUUUCGGGGGUGAGCUCGUCGUUCACCUUUCCGGGUACGCAGGGCGGAAAGUUUGGAACCGACCCGCUACCGAAGCCAGUGCUCCCUACCUCGGCCAGGUUUGCACCGACCUGGAUGGGCGGCGGAGACGUUAGACUCGAUAACGCCGACCCCCUCCUUCGCGGAACGACCGACGACCCGACUUACCGCAUCGAUGAUGGGACGACCUGGGCUCGCAGAGGCCAGGGUGUGCUCGGCGAAGGCAUGAAGCCUACAUCGUCGGCAUCUCUCUACCCGUCUUCUCUUCCCUCGAGCAUCAACUACAAUCCGUCGCUUGCCCAGGAGCCUCUGCGGGAGCCUCUUCCUUCUGGUUCUUCCUCCUUCUCCGAAUUUGGUAAGGCAAUGAGCCCAAACAAUCAGCCGACCACCUCUUCCCACGGAUCUCCAGUCCAGGCAGGUGCUGUGACAGAGCUUCAGGCGCAGACCAUUUCGCCGGGGGUCUACAGCUCGCGAGCCUUCGGAAACGCCGCGCCUCCCGCUCCCCAGGCCAAUAUCACCACUCGAUCGUGGCCCCCUCGUGGUGUUGGCGGGUCCAACGCGGGGUCUGGUACCCCCCCACCUCCUCGCUCGCCGACCAUCAUCAAGCACGAACGCCGGCACUCGAGCUCCAAGGCACCGUACACCCCACCGAACAGCACCCGCGAGGUCAACACUCAGACCAGCACAACUGGACCGGGUGGCCCAGUCCGCCACACUCACACGAAGCGCAGCUCGCUUUCCCAGGUGAACACGACGCUGCCACUGCCGCGCGACGAGGAGGCGCUCCCGAGCGCCAACUUGCCCGGCCAGCCCGAGCUGUUUGGCGAGCUUGACAGGCCUGUCGAAGUUGUGGAGGGCCUAUGAGAUCUGUCGUCGCGCUCGUCGCUUCGGUCGGUCAGGAUCGGUCAAUUGGAUCUCUCACGAACUGGUUACGAAUCACAUGAGCAUCUACGAGUGGCACGUUUUUCUCUAUACACCAUUGCAGACCGUUACUCAUCUCCACCCCAACCCCACUGUAUACAUACAGGCUGUGUUGUAUUUGUCUCGCUCGUUUCCGUAGGCAGUAGACACUGUGUCGUUGAUGAUGAUCUGUGACAAGGCGG